GACAUCUAAUGAAUAUCCAAAUUGGAUGUGAUAAUUGGAAUUUCUUCUACUUGAUCAAUCUCUUGAACCGGCUGAGUAUCAUUUGAAAUGAUCCUGCAUCACUCUACAUUCUAACAUCAUGUCAAGAGCCCUUGAUCAAGAUGCAAAAGCAUCUAUUAAUGCUAGGGAUUCGCAAAAAGUUUACAAUGAUAUUGCGGAAAUAUUCACUUCCCAUACCAGUUCAUAUACUUUCAACCACAAGCUGUUAGACUUUGAACUUCUCGGAAAAGGCCAAUUGCCAGAAGAUAUCAGCACACUUGUCCUCGAUAACAGCGUUGGAAUACCGAAAACGAAACUUAUCCAAGCAUUUGUUGUUGCGCGGCAAUUGUUUUCCAAGUUCAAAGAUCGGGGUCCCGAGCAAUCACAGGAAAUUAGGGAUGCUACUUCUAUCAUUCUUCUUACUGAUCCGGAACAUUUAACGGCGUGUAACGCUCGAAAACGACUUAUACAGAAUAUUCAAAACCCAUCUCCAAAUGAGGUCGAAAAGGCUCUAGAAAGGGAGCUAUAUUUCGUCGAUAGUCUUUUAACAUCUCAUCUCAAUCGUCAUACAAAAUCGCCAACGCUUUGGAGCCAUAGGAGAUGGCUUCUUGAGUUUCGUCAGUCUAUGCAUCUAUCCCUUGAUGUACCUCAGGGUCUUGAAUCAAUUGUCAUGGUGGCAGCUGAAAGACAUCCUCGAAACUAUUACGCAUGGUCACACAUGAGGUGGCUAAUGAUAUCGGUAGAAGGUGGAAUUCAAACUUUUACCUACCUUGCCAUCAUAGAAAAUGUGAAGAAGUGGUGUUUGAAGCAUCCAGGGGAUACAUCAGGGUGGUCUUUCCUGUUAUUCUGUCUAUCUUCUCCUACAUUUAUGAACAUGCCAGGUUGGGUGGUCCAAAAGUCCUUGAUUUGUGAAGAAGUUCUUGAGAUGGCAAUUUCAUUGAGAUGGAAAGAGGAAUCCUUAUGGGUAUUUCUCAGGACUUUGGUGGCAUCUGGAGAUAUAACCGAGAAGUUGAGAUCCGCCUUUUUGACGACAUUGGAAGAUUUGAAAAACUCUUUGGGUGAUCCUAGAGGCCGGCGAAUAGUUCAAUCUGCGCAUGAAUGGUAUCUGGAUUAUGAACAGAAAAUCCAGUCUACUCAUUGAUCAAGACACAUCGUUUCAAGAUUCCAGCAUAAGACAUCUGUUAUGCAAUGAGCCUCUUUCAAGCCGUUGCCCAACUAAGCCAAGGCGGGAGAUUCUCAAUGUUUGAGUUAGACGUCAGACUUCUGGUGGCCAAGCAUUAAUAUUUCGAUAGAACGAUAGAAGCAUGAUAAAUUAUCUGGUCAUGACCAUUGUUCCUUGAUUGAAAACAACAUAACAUCAACAAACCUAUACUGCAAGACCUCGGAAAUCUCUCAACAGCGAAGGGAGGCCGUUAACAGGUUUAUUAAUGUUUUCCAAAAUAGGGGCCCUGCCGUGAAACAUUUCCGGGGGAUUCACAACGCCAUCAAACCUGAAAGGACUGCUUUGCGCCACGGGUGUAACAUGAAGAUGGAAUUUUGCUGCAGUUAGCAAUACAUGUCUUAUUCGGCUGGUCUCGACCAAUAUACGGAAAAGAAAUAUCGAUAGAACUAUCAAAAUGGAAGACUAGGAAAAGAAAGACUUUUCUCCCACUCACACUCACGGCAUCGCGGGUGCGGUCAUCAAUACGAUUGAAUUGGGUAAGUGGCGCACUGGUGACUCGUAAUAUAGAUGAAUAUCUAUGUUUCAGAGUUUGGACGAGUUGUAAGAUUAAAAAAUUUCGAACAGUCUCGAAUUCCUAAUGGGAAGGUCUAAGAAAAGUGGCUUCCCCAUCUAAUGACUUUUCCUUCGGGAACAUGAUGUGGCGUUCAGCACAGACAGCGAUGCGUCGUAAUUUGAAAAAACCCAUUUUCCAAAAGUAUAUGAUUGGCUUAGCAGGAUUAUUUUUUUAUGUAUCAGUAUCCAGAAUGGGCCAUGAAGUUGCAUAACUUGCCUAGGUAGUUUUGGC